AUGAACGGCUCUACUAAUCAGCAUAGCACAAAUACUAUCGAGGUACCACCCGCACAAGCAAAUGGAAACGCGGCAUUAUUAUCGCAAAUCCAUGAAGCUCUUGCGCUUGUCCAUAACCCACAGUCAUCCAAUCAGUCUCGCCAACAAGCCUCGAUUUUUCUAGAGAAUAUCAAAACCGACGCCGAAGCUCCUUACCAUGGGUUUACCCUAGCAUCCGACAAAGCUGAACAACCAGUCGUACGCCACUAUGCAUUGUCUCUUCUGGAGCAUGCUAUAAAACAUAAAUGGGCCGCAUAUUCGGAGGUGCAAGCAAGUGCGCUGCGGCAAUGGAUUAUACAACUCUCGGAGGCUCUGGCCCAAGAGGACCCCUUAUAUUUGCGAAACAAGACGGCGCAACUUUGGGUGGAAGUUGCGAAAAGAAGUUGGGGAUCAGAGUGGACUGAUAUGGAUAAACUUCUUGUGGAAUUUUGGGAGCUUCCAGGACCUGUGGUUCACAAGGAGUUUGUUCUGUUUGUUCUCGAGACCCUCUCCGAUGAGGUCUUCAAUGGUGAAGACGCUGUCACUGUUUUACGAGAGGGCACUUUGAGCAAAGCUUGUGUGGAAAUAUUCACACCCGCAGUUGUGCUAUCGGAAUCAUUCCCAAAUCGACAGCUAGGUACCGUUUUGAGACAUGGAGAUGAAGGAUGGCUAGUAAGAAUUGGCGGGUUGCUAGGCCAGUGCCUUCAAUUGGACAUCUCGAGUCCUCAGUAUCAGAGUUGUGCAGUCAAGAUAUUGGCUGUCUAUAAGUCUGUGGUGCCCUGGACUGUACCAAAAGCUAUCUCCAGUGCCCAAUGCGUUCAAUAUAUGUGCAAAUGUCUCGCUGCGUCUAGUACACCAGUACAACUAGCGUCUGUUCAAGCCCUCUAUGCACUUUACACUCGCGUGCAUUUUUCAGACGAAGAAUUCUUAGAACUCGUAUGCCCAAUGUAUACCAGUGAAGUGGUUAGCUUGCUACGAAAUUUAUUCCAAUGGUCCGUGGUAGACGCCGAUGAUAUUGACGAUGAAAAGUAUCUAUUUGCCAAAAAGUUUGCCGAGAUGAUGUCGAAUCUUGGGGUAUUCAUAGAAUCUAAAAUCUCAGCUAUACCCGAAUCCUGCGAUUUUCCAAACCUUUUGAAUCUUUUUCUUGCCAUUGCUCAAAGUCAAAGUCUUGUUGUUUCGAUACCCAUCAUUCUUACCUGGACAAAGUUACUUCGCUCGCCAAUCAUUGGAGGGUCUUCUACCAUAACUCCUUUAAUUGCACCUAUUCUAGAACUUUGUAGUUCACGUCUCAUUCGAUAUGAGAACAUGCCAGAUGACUGCGAAGAUCCCGAGUAUCUCUUUUUGAAGGAAGAUAUCGAUACACAACCAGAGAGACAUGCAUUUCUUGGGAAUUAUCGACGAUAUUGCUCGCAAGUCAUAGAGCUUGUUGUUCGACAAAAACAAUCUGAGGCCAUAUAUCAUAUAUUAGGCCAAGUGGAUAACUCCUUGCAACAUCUCUAUGACGGUUGUCCGGCCUUUUCUGUGGAAAAUUAUUCCAAGACUUCGAUACCAAUACUACGUGUCGAUAAAAAUUUCACUGUCGUAGAAGCAGCACUGAAAGGAUAUAUGAAAUGGCGAGCCGCGCAUGGCUCAGAACCCCAACGAGAUGAGCAAGAGCGCACAAGUAUAGAGGACAAUCUAGAAACCUGGUGUGAACGAUUGUUGGAGCUCAAGUUCGAGGAUCCAAUAAUUCGAAAGAGAAUUAUACAGCUCGCUGUCGCCUUUUCGACUACUGCUUUGGACAAGAAAGUGGGAUUCAUGCUCAAAGUCCUAGAACAUAUCUUGAUGACACAGCCCAUGGAAUAUCCAAAUGCCUUGGCUUAUACCGAAGCCGUGAAAGAGCUACAAGCCGAGUCUGCUUAUGAAUUGCAACGACUGGCCGGGAAAAUGCCUGACCAACUAUUGGAUGUCUAUGAUCAGCUCCAAGCAAAGGUCAAUGAGAUAAUUUCCACCAGAAGCCUUGAUAAAAAACGCCAAACAUCUUAUCAAACCUUCUUAUUCACGAUCAUCCACCGUACCUCUAAAAUCGACUCGGAGAUUCGUUUACAGAAGUUGAAAGGAUUUCUAACACCUGUGCAAAUGAGUUGGCAAGAUUCAGAAAUGAAUACAGCGAUCUUGAGUUUCUCCGGAUUCUGUGACCUGCUUGGAUUAAACCGCGUAAGAGACUUUCUUGUCACAAGACGAGUUCACGAGAUACAGGAUUGGUCGACAUUUCAACUUGACUCCGAGGCGCAAUCGAUCCAGAAGGACAUGGAAGAAAGAUUGAAGGCAUUGCCGUUAAGAACUACAAAAUCGUUUCUAGGCUGCUCAACCGAAAAGAUUGAGAAAGAAGACCCUGCUUAUAAAGUUUCCUGCACUCUAUGGCGAGAUGCAUUGCCCAUGAUACUACCAAACCUUCUCAAAUACCUAAGUCAUGCACAUGCGUUCCACAAUCCCGCAAAUUGGAAUGCACUUCCUCCAGAGAUGGCACCCAUUGUCAGUCAAAUUUUAACAGACCGCUUCUGGCAAGCUGGAAUAUCUGUUGGAAGCAAAGACGACUUUUAUGCCAGAGUGACUGGUACUAAAUAUACCAUGGAAGGUCUUGCAUCAUCCAUACGAGGCUCAAUCCGUACUGUGAGAGAGUCUUGUUACUCAAUACUCUAUUCCAUGAGUCGUUUGGAUGUCGACUUUUAUGGAUUUAGCGAACUUCCUGGGCCACUUGCACAUGCUCUCUUCGCAAACGCCCAUUGCCUUUCUUCGCAUCAACUUAUCGCUCUGUUGAAUGUUGUGCGACUUAUGGUGGAUGAUUGUCCAGUUGAAGUUCGAUCCCAUUUCGCACCUCCUGUAUUGGCCUCUUGUUUUGCUCAAAUGGACGCCAAAUGCAGUUCCGAAUGGGAAAGACUGUCUCAUAAGGAGGUGGUCCCCGCUGAUGGAGAUACCUUGACUGAGGAGAUGAAGGAAGAGAGCAUUUUGCGACAACUAACACACACAGCAGUCAUGAUGAUUGCUGGAUUUCUCGACCCAGCACGACCAAGUAAAUUACCAAACAAAUUCACAUGUGCUACCAGAGCUAAUUAUUUGCCAGAUGUCGGAAGCGCCCCCGCGCCCACCUCAGCCAAAGAGGCCUCGACAUUCGUCCAAACUCAAGCUAACGCAUAUCCAAGCAUGAGAAAGUUCUGUCUCACAUCCUCGACGAUCCUAGAACCUUUGCUACUCUUCCUAACCCACGCAAUCCGAAUGCGAGAUACCCGUUGCUGUGGCAUUGUCCUCCGUGUCUUCCGAUCAAUUGUCCCAGAUUUUGCCUCGGGUCACGAUUCGCCCCUCUCUUCCUCCAUUAGAGAGUUUAUCAGUACCGAUGUUCUCAAAGCGGCUAUCUCAUCCUUGAACGAACCCUAUUUCGUAGAGUUACACAAAGAUCUUGCUCACUUAAUUGCAUCGAUUUUACUUUACUACGCACCGGUUACAGAAACCCCAAAACAAAUCCUACUAAGCUUACCGGGGAUGCAAGAAAAGGCCGUGGAUAAAUGUAUUGAAACCUUGGGAAGACAAGGGGUGCAACAGAGACAGCAGAGAGCGUUGGUAUUGGAUCUACUAAAGGACUUGAAGGGCGUUAGUAUUAGUGAACAAGGCAAGAUCUCGAAGAGUGCGAGUGCUGUGAGGAAGGAGAGGAGUAAGAUGCAAGAGGCUUUUAUGAGGGGGCCGGUGGAAGGGGAUAAGAAAAUUAAGAGUGAGAUUGAUGAUUUGGAGGGGGUGGCGGGGCUUUUUGAUAAUUGA